GCAUUUGAUUCAGUCAGAAUAGAUGAUUUUAAGGUGAAUAAUUUGGUUAAAUUGCCUUGUUUUCGAGAUGCAGGAAUAGUUGGAUUUUCCAGUAUGGGAGUGAUUGGAGUUGUGAUUUUUUUGUUCAGUAAGAACCCCAAAAAGGCAGUUAACUGGAGUGUUGGCAGUGGGUUAUUGGGAUCGACAGUUGGCUGGGAACAGUGUCGAGCACAGAGAAGAAGGGAUCUUGAACAUAUAAGGCUAGCGAAAGAAGUUGUGGCUAAGAAGGAAAAGCCAAUGAUGAAUAGGAAACCU